AUGACGACGGUGAAACAUCUCAUAGUACCGCGGCGGGAAGUGUGUCCUCUCAUAGAGGAGGACACAGGAGAGGAUAGUGAGGAGACCAGCGCUCCUCCUAGCCCAGGACGACUCUUCAAUGUCAACAACAACAACAACAAUGAAGAGGAGGACAAGAAGGAGCAAGGAGAGAAGAAAGCAAAGAAAGAGAAAAAAAAGAAAAAAGAAAAAAAGAAGAAGGAAAAAAACGAAAAGAAAGAAACUGAAAAAGCAAAUGAAGAGAAAGAGAAGGAGAAAGAGAAGGAGAAAGAGAAAGAAAAAGAGAAAGAGAAAGAAAAAGAGAAAGAAAAGGAGAAAGAGAAGGAGAAAGACAAAGAUAAAAAGGAAAGGCCCAAGGAGGUUUUUGUCAUUAACCCUGCGGGUAGCCUUUAUUACCAGUGGUUAUGUGUGAUUACACUGCCUGUCAUGUAUAACUGGACUGUAAUCAUUGCCAGAGCCUGCUUUGAGGAGCUGCAGCAUGAGUACCUGAUUUACUGGUUCCUCUUUGACUAUCUGAGUGACCUCCUGUACCUGGCUGAUAUGGCUUUCAGAACAAGAACUGGAUACCUGGAGCAAGGCUUGCUCGUCAAAGAUGAGAAGCUCCUGCUGAAACGCUACAUGGACAGCAAUCAGUUCAUACUGGACGCGAUCUCCAUGCUUCCUACAGACAUCCUGUAUUUCUUCCUGGGUCUGAACUACCCAGAGAUCCGGAUCAACAAGCUUUUACGCCUCGAUCGCAUGAUGGAGUUCUUCAAGUGCUCCGAAACCAAGACCAACUACCCAAACAUCUUCCGAAUCUGCACCAUGAUCAUGUACAUCAUGAUCAUCACCCAUUGGAAUGCCUGCAUGUACUUCUCCUUCUCCAAGUCCAUUGGGUUCGGCGCUGAUCCCUGGGUGUACCCUGCUCUCACGGAGCCCGAGUUCGGUGAACUGAUGAGGAAAUACUCCUUCAGCCUCUACUGGUCCACGCUGACACUAACCACCAUCGGCGAGACUCCGUCCCCCGAGCUGGAUUCUGAGUUCCUCUUCCAUGUUGUGGACUUCUUGGUUGGCGUCUUGAUCUUCGCCACCAUCGUCGGUAACAUAGCUUCCAUGAUUUCUAACAUGAAUGCAGCCAGGGCGCAAUUCCAAGCGCGCGUCGACAACAUCAAACAGUACAUGCAUGUCCGGAAGGUCAGCAAGGACUUGGAAACUCGAGUCAUCACAUACUUUGACUACCUGUGGAACAACAAUAAGGCCCAAGAUGAGAGGGAGGUUCUGAGAUAUCUGCCGGACAAGCUGAAGGCAGAAAUCGGCAUGAAAGUCCAUCUUGACACGCUGAAAAAGGUCAGGAUCUUUGCCGACUGCGAGGCGGGCCUCCUCAUCGAGCUGGUGCUGAAGCUCCGCCCGCAGGUCUUCAGCCCCGGCGACUACAUCUGCCGCAAAGGUGAUAUUGGACGCGAAAUGUACAUCAUCAAAGACGGAAAGCUGGCCGUGGUCGCCGACGACGGGGUGACGCAGUUUGUCGUCUUGGGUGACGGGAGCUACUUCGGCGAGAUCAGCAUCCUAAACAUCAAAGGCAGCAAGGCGGGAAACCGGAGGACGGCCAACAUCCGCAGCAUCGGAUAUUCCGAACUCUUCUGCCUGUCGAAAGAUGAUCUGAUGGAGGCUUUGACGGAGUAUCCAGAUGCCAAGAGCAUGUUGGAAGAGAAAGGAAGGCAGAUCUUGCUAAAGGACGGUUUGAUAGACCUGGACCCAGCCAAUCUGAAGCCUGAUGAGAGAGACAUGGAGGACCGCGUGAGCCGUAUGUAUAGCACUCUGGAGCUUAUGACCAUCAAGCUGAAAAAGCUGCUGGGUGACCAUGAGACCACACAGCGCAAACUUAAACGCCGCAUCAUCCAAAUAGAGCGCUAUGCCGGAGAGGAAGUGGAAGAAGACGAAGAAGAGGAAGAAGAAGAAAAGAAAGAGGAGGAGGUAGUCGUAAAGGAGGAGGCGGAAGAGAAGGCUGAGGAACCGAAGGAAGAGAAGAAAGAGGAGGAGCAAGGAGAGGAGAAGAAGGAGUGA